AACCAAUGGUUGACCAUCUCCGGGCAGGCCUACUACUCGGUAGUACUGUAUCAGGCGUGAUAGCGUCCGAUCGAGUCCACCACUUCCUCCCUUUGUGCAUGGGGUUGUCAGAUGAACGGAAAUUUGAACAUCUAUUUUGCGCUUUUAGGCGUCAUGAUAAAAGGUUCCGCCUGCCCACGGAUGAAACCUUGUGCUCUCUCUUUUUGCCGCUCUUUUACGAUUUCUCCUUGAACUUCUGUCCCUGCGAGAUUCCUGUUCGUCAUCGAACACGAUAAUUUAAAGAACAUCAAGACGAUAUGUAUCUCUCAACCUUUGUCCUCGCGGCUCUCGCGACCCUUACUGCGGCCCAGAACCCUUUCAACAUGGACCCAAUGCCCUCCAGCAUCAAGGUCGGGACUCCCUUCAACAUCACCUGGAUGCCUUCUACCGGUACAGUCGAUACCGUGACGCUGCUCCUCCGCCAAGGCGAUCCCAAUGCAUUGAAGACAGUUGAGACCAUUGCCGAGAAUAUCCAAAACACCGGCUCUUACCUCUGGACCCCAAGCGCCCAACUCGUCAACGGCCCUCAGUACGCCUUCGAGAUCAUCGACAACGGAAACAAAUACAUUGACAACUACUCUGGCCAAUUCUCCAUCGAUUCCCCAAACACCUCCUCCGCCCCCGCCGCCGCUAGCUCCACAUCCAGCAGCGCAAGCAGUGCCGCAACAUCCAGCAGUGCGAGCGCCAGCACAACCGACAGUUCCAGCACAUCAGCAAGCUCUAGCACAACCGCUAGCUCCAGCUCGAGCUCGAGCUCAAGCGCAUCCGGGUCCUCGAGCGUGAAGAGCACCCAGACGAAGGUCAACAGCAGCGCGAGCCAAACCAGCAGCGCAACAUCCACCUCAAGCAAGGAGACCAGCAGCAGCAGCAGCUCAGCGACCCCUAGCGCGACGGGCCACUCGGCCGCCACCAAGAUCAAGGUGUCCGGGGGACUCCUAGCGGUUGUGGGUGCGGGCAUGGCGCUCCUGUGAUGAAAGACGAAGAGCCCGCAAAGGCAAAUGGCGUUUUUCGUUACCCAAGAAUCAUCAUCAGCAUCGUCUGGGGAUCUGGGAGGUUUAGCAUCAAACAAGGUUUAGCGAGCAUGGGAUUGAGCGUUCGUUGUAUAUAUAAACCUAUAUUCUCUUUUAAUCGCUCUAAAUAUUUCGAGGUCACGACAGCCUUAUGUUAUUAUAUUAGAGAUCUAUACACGCUCUGGUUUCUGGGGUUUUGGGAAAGGGGUUUGCAGAAUACACAGGGUGGCUAUUUAUCUUCUACGUACCUUAUAUGUACAGUAGGCUCCAAUGCACUAGACAUUUGCAACCUUCU